AUGAACAAAAGCGAUGAGAAUAAACUUGAGUCUAGGCAAAAGUCUUGGCUCACUACUGGAAUAAAAAAAACGAUGAAGAACAACUUGAAGAUAUUUAAAAACUUUAUUAAUUCAAAAGAGUGUAAAGCAGCAAAGUUUAUUGUUUCAUCAAAGGAAAUGGAGAAUAAUCCAGGUUCCUGCAUUCUUCUAUAUGAAGAUGAGUGUGAUGAAGAUGUUUGCUUUAUUCCUCCAUCAAAACCAGCCCGUCCAAUCCCUGAAGAGAUCAAAGCUGACCGUGUGGUUUUGAAGGUGACUUCAUGUCCUGCUACAGUAGAGAUCAGAUUACUGUUUAAAAUGAAGGAAGAGAGCGACUGGACGUCUCAACCUGUGCUGAAGAACACAAACACAGUUACUGUGACUGAUCUGAGAGCAGAUACUGAGUACCAGAUGAAAUGUGCAGCAGUGGGGAAACUCAACUACACUGUAGACAGUGAUGUCAUCACAGUUACCACUAAGGGAAGUACAAGGAACAGAGCAGCAAAGGAGUCCGUGGCGGAUCCGCCCUCAAGCCGCCAGAUCCGCCUGACUGUCAGAUUCGUUUUCGCUGCGCUAACAGGAUCGGCCCCGCCUCCAGGAUCGGCCCCGCCUGCGCUUUUAAUUGGCGGACCCAGAACGGAUCACAUACGGAUCCGCACUUCGGACGCGCCUUAGAUAACGGACGCCGUACGUGGGAUUAGUCGGAUCUCUUUCGC